GCUAGCUCGGAGGAGCCAGCGGCUACUGUAGGUCAGCUGCGCUCGGCUGCUUCAGCCACUAGUUCCUCAUCUCCAUCACUACAGUUUCCUGGCAUCGGCGAACCCGCGAUAUAGUUAAUAAAUGUCUGCGGCGUGACAUUUGCACGGCGGAGGUUCCGAGGCCGUUGUUUCUUUGGUUGAGUUGACUCUGAAAGGGAAAAUGUGCAAUGGAAUGACAGAGUCAAUUUCAAACGUCUUUUGGGCCCACAUCUCAGCCACUAAACGGUCCUCGCUGCUGCUGCUGGUACUGACUGUAGUGUCCACUGGGCAAGGCUCAGGAUGUGUGAGGCCGUACAUGGUUCAGAACAGCUGGGUAAACCUCACAGAGACCAACAGGGGCUCAUUCCCUGUGGGCACAGUUCUGCAGUACAGCUGUGACCCCGGUUACCUGCCAGAUGGACCCAGCAUCCUCACCUGCACCUCACUCGGCCGGUGGUCCUCUGAGCCUCCUCAGUGCAUACGCAGUGGUGCAUGUCUCCCCCUCUCCAAACCUGAGAACGGGGACUACAAGUGCCACCCAGCUCCCUGUCGAUUGUUUGCCCACGACACUAUUCUUGAGUUCUUCUGUAUCGAGGGCUUUACACUCAGUGGAGACUAUCCCUACCUGACGUGUCAGGAUGGACAGUGGGAUGGCCCGAUGGAGAUAAGUUGUGUAAAAAAAGGUUGUAUAAGACCCGCAAUGGUGCAACAUAGUUCAACUAAUCUGACGGACACCAACAUGAACUUGUUCCCGCUGGGUACAGUACUACAGUACAACUGUGACCCUGGUUACUUAUUAGCCGGACGCAGCAUCCUCACCUGCACCACACUGGGAGACUGGUCCUCUGAACCUCCUCGCUGCAUACGCACUGACGUAUGCCAACCUCCAUAUCAGCCAGAAAACGGAGGUUAUACUUGCCACCCCUCCCCAUGCAGAAGGUUUUCUCACGGUACAGUGAUACAGUAUUUCUGCAAUGAAGGUUACAUUAUGAAGGGAGACUAUAAGUUCCUCACCUGCCACCACGGAAAAUGGGACAACGUGAUGCCAGUCACCUGCGUCAACGAAGAUGGUUGUGUGAGACCUUCACUGGUGCGGUAUGGCUCAAGUAAUGCAACAGAGACCAACAGGAACUUGUUCCCAGUCGGCUCAGUUCUACAGUACAGCUGUGAUCCUGGUUACCUGUUAGAAGGACUCAGCAUCCUCACCUGCACCGCUAUGGGACGGUGGUCCGCGGAAGUUCCUCUCUGUAUACGUAAUGAUGUAUGUCUGCCUCCGUAUCAGCCAGAGAAUGGCGGUUACACAUGCCACCCUUCCCAAUGCCGAAGGCUCUCUCAUGGCACUGUGGUUGAAUAUUUCUGUGAUGAAGGUUAUAUUCUGAAGGGCGACUAUAAAUACCUUACCUGUCAGUAUGGGGAAUGGGACAGCCAACUUAAGCUGAGUUGCAUCAUGGAGGAAGACCGGAAUCCAUCUUUGCCUUUGGGGAUGCCAGCUUUGUCCAUAGUUGCUUCCACAGCGAGCUCAGUGGCUUUAAUCCUGCUCCUGGUGGUUCUGUUUGUACUUGUGCAGCCAAGACUCAAGUCCCUGCAUCGACGUGACCAGGGGGUGUCGGGACAGCCUGUGUCAAUCAUGGUGGAAGGGGUACAAGUGACUUUGCCGUCCUAUGAGGAGGCUGUGAGCAGCAGCAGAGUCUCCACCCUCAGCCCAGAGUCUCGAGUCCAGAUAGUGCUGUCUGAGGGUCAGCAUGCCACCGCGCCAGAGGCUGGCCCCUCUAUGCCCUCUUCCCUCAAACGGCAGCAGUCGGAGAUGGCUGUCGUCCACCCUGCACCGCCGUCCUCCUCUUCACCCUCUAACUGGGAGAACGCCGGUGCCACCGGAGGCACCUCAUCUUCGCAAAGAAGGCCGUCUGCAGGCAGCGACCAGCAAAGCCUGUCUCUAGACUCUGAGAUGGACUACUCUGACGAUAUGCCAUUACUGAAGGAGGCGUGAAACACUCCGCAGUUUUUGGAGUAAACUGAGACAGCCAGCCUUGUUCCUGGCAUGUUCUGGUGAGCAGGAGAUCAUCAUCAGUGAUGGGCCCAAAAUACAGUAACGCUUUGGUUUAUUCAGAAUACAAAUAGCUCACCGCGACAUCCCAAAAGAGAGCAGAGAACAAAUUCACAUGUACAUACGUGCAUACAUUUUUAUAGGCAUUCCCACGGUAUGUUUGUUUGUCUGAUGUUUGAAAAUGUGGGAGAAAUCAGAAGAACAGGGACAUUUGAUGGAAUAUGUCUUCAAAAAAACAGCUGAUACGUUUCACCUAAACGGACAAAACGGAGAACUCAUUUUAGGGACUAAUCAUUUCAUGUCUUUUUUUUAUGUCAAUUUUCUUUCACCACAAACACCAUAAUCACAUUUACAAAGAUGCAAGAAGGGAACGAAACCAGAUUUCUGUACGAACAUUUGCAACAUUGUUUUCCAAAGUUUUAGCGGUUUCGAAUCAUUGUUCCCACCUAGAUUUGCUUGUCAACCCAAGGGGGGGCCUGCAUUCAAUUUAUUUCAUGUCUCCAAAUACAGUAUAGACCAAAAGUUUGGACACAGCUUCUCAUGCAAUGAUUUUCCUUUCUUUUCAUGACUGUUGACAUUGUAGAUUCAAGGCAUCAAAACUGUGAAUUAACACAUGUGGAAAUGUGUACUUAACAAAAAAGUGUAAACCAACUGAAAAUACACCUUUUUAUAUUUUAGUUUCUUCAAAGUAGCUACCUUUUGCUGUGAUUACUGCUUUGCACACACUGCAUUCUCUUGAUGGGUUUCAAGAGGUAGUCACCUGACAUUGUUUUCACUUCACAGGUGUGCCCUGUGAGGUUUAAUAAGUGGGAUUUCUUGCCUUAUAAAUGGGGUUGGGACCAUCAGUUGUGUUGUGCAGAAGUCAGGUGGAUACACAGCUGAUAGUCCUACUGAAUAGACUGUUAGAAUUUGUAUUAUGGCAAGAAAAAAGAAGCUAAGUGAAGGAAAACGAGUGACCAUCAUUACUUUAAGAAAUGAAUGUCCGAAUAAUUGGGAAAACUUUGAAAGUGUCCCCAAGUGCAGUCGCAAAAACCAUCAAGCGCUACAAGGAAACUGGCUCACAUGAGGACAGCCCCAGGAAAGGCAGACCAAGAGUCACUUCUGCUGCGGAGGAUACGUUAAUUCGAGUCACCAGCCUCAGAAAUCGCAGGUUAACAGCAGUUCAGAUUAGAGACCAGCGGUGCGUCCGAAAUGCCAUACUAAAAAGUAUAUACUAAAAAGUAUACUUAAGUUUGGCACACUUUUGAGUAAAUAUCAGUAGUGUGCAUUAAUUCGGACGUACUAUU